AUGGAGUUGAAUUCUAGCGACAAGGAACAAGAGGGGGAACGACAGUCUCACAAAAAGAUCGAAAUCACUUCUGAAGCAGAAGUAUCCAUACCACCGCCAUCACGGCACUACUAUUUGUUUCUUCGUAUCCUAAAACGAUCCCCGAGUUACCUCUUCAUCUUAAUUCAUAUAUGUUACAUUCAAGAACUGAUAAAGGCACUUUACACUAAUGUGCUGCUUCCGGUAGCAAUUUCGGAACAACAUCGACCUCUACUUACUAUGGAAGCACUUUGCAACUACACCCGCGAGUUGAUCCCAGAGCUGCUUGAGGAAGUCCUCUUUCCCCCAAAAGAAACACGCAGUUCGUGGAGCAAGUAUUCGUUUAUCUGGAGGUGGCAACAAGAUCCUUUUUCAAAUGUGUUCCUGGCUAAAAAAAUUCUAAUACGGCGACUAUGGAGGAACCCUUCUACAAUGCUUUUUCUUUUUGGCACAGUCUAUAUUUCAGCUAUUCUUUUAAUCAUAAUUCUGCGUCUGGUUUAUUACAGCACUCGAUCAGCCGUGCGUCGCAUCAAGGUACUCCUUGGCCGCCCCACUCAAACAAAAGCCACUCCUGGCGUUUAUACCAUGUGCCGCUACGGCAACGGAUACGACUCUAUUUUAAGGUUGAUUUUCGCCUUGGUGGAGCUUAUAUGGUUUCUGCGUUUCAUUCAAUACCCAAGGCUCUCUCUUGGAAAUGAAAGUGACCAAGCGUCAGCCGUCACGGCUGCGUCGUCCCUACCAUUGCCUAUCUUCAAUACCUUCCUACCGACACCUCUACAGAAAGAAGCACUUGUCACUGGGAUUGAGUUUGUCCUAGCACUCAUAGCAUUGUUGGACAUGCAGCGCAUAUUUCACGCAUUGUUUGGAGUCCGCCCCCUCUUCCUCGCCAAUGGCUGGGAAGGCUGCCCACUUUGUGGCGAAAGCUGGCGCGUGUCAAGGCGGACUGCCAACAAACUUCACAUGUGCUCGCGUAUAUGGCUUCCUCCAGCGUCCACAGACUCUGACAUAAAGGGGAAUAUUUCAACAUUAAAGAAAAAAAGCCAGAGUCAGACGAUAACGAGAAAAGGUUAUGAGGACGCAAAUGUCGUCGGCUCGGAUAAUCUGGUGCCCUUUGGUGGUGGUAGUGAUACACACCACAGCCCUGUGCGGGACGUAGCGCGUCCCGGUGAUAACUUUCCAGAUCCUAACAACAUCUCCUGGUUUUCCUUUCUCACCUACAACUGGCUCAACCCCCUCCUCAAUGUGGCGGUGUUGUCACCCUUUGGAACUUUUGGCCCCCCUCCGACGGAGGCCUUCACCGAUGGUGGAAGAAAUCUAUUUCAGGCACAACUAGCGGCAGUCGCGCGACUUCCAAGGCUACUGAAUAAAUGUCGAGCACAGGAAAAUGGUGAAUGUGCGUGGCGUUUGUGGUGUUCGCGAUGGAGAACCGUUGCCGAUAAAGAAACGACUCUGAAAGAAUACAACAUCGUUGGGUCGGUAUUCCGCUAUGUGACUAGACCAAUUCGAACGGGACUCAUGGCCGUCUUCCGGUACUUUUUUAUCCCCCCAUCGGCGUCAAAGUUAAGCAAAAAAUCUUCAAAACUGUGUGCGUCUAUUAACUCACGAAGCGCAACGGCGACCUCUUCUCGACAGACUAAAAAAAGUAUUUUUGAGCUGUUUCUGGAACAUCCUAACGGUCGCGAGUUUGUCUACAAAUGUAUACCACUGAAAUUCGCUAAUGAUGUGAUCGGUGGUCUUAUACCAUACAUUGUGCGAGAGCUUGUACUCUUCCUGAAGGAAGUUAGUAGUCUUGGGAGCGUAUCUACGUCCCCUAGAAAGGGAGCUCUGCAGGAAUUGUUUCCUGAUACUAGGGAAGCCCAUCUCAGUCGGGGGCUUUUUUUAUGCUUUCUGAUGUUCAUAAUGAUCUUUGCGCAAGGGUUUUUUUUUCAGACUUACUUAUACUAUCUUUAUCAGUCCUCAGUAAAUGUGACAAGCUCACUGAAGAUGAUAUUGCUACGGCGUGCACUACGUUCUCGUAUAGCUUUUGCAAGGUGUAAAAACAUGGGUGAAGCAGAGACAGAAGAAACAGAUGAGGAAGAAGAAGGAAAAGAUCCACUUACAGCAUCCACCGAUGAAGCAAUAAUGCCUCAAAAAAACGGAAGAGGUGCGAAAAAGGAGUCAGAGACGGCAUCAACAAGUAACGCGAAUUUUACCUUAUCUGGUAGUAAAAAUCAGGAAGAGGGGAAAUCAGGGGUACAACCUGUUAUGGAUGAAGGAGAAGUCAUUUCUCUAUCGACAAUCGAUGCAACAAAUUGCGGUGAGACGCUCGUCUUUCUACAUAAUGUCUGGGGGCAUCCCCUGAUUAUCCUCGUUUCUUUGGCUACCAUGUACUCCUACGUGGGUUGUUUUCCAACUGUUACCACUUUCGCAGUGCUUAUUGCCAUGAUUCCAUUGAAUCAGCCCACCUCAGUCCGCAUUCGUCAAGCACAGGGACCCUCUAGGAAAAACAACAGGCGAAUCAACGAUCUUAGCAGCAUGCUCUCAUCCAUGCGCGCGUUCAAAGCGGUGGCAUUAGAAAAUGUUAUGUGGAAGCGCAUAAAAGACGCACGUCGAUGCGAAAGUGACGCCAUAAAAACACUUCAAAGCGCUGAAAGAAUGUCCACGCUGCAAAUAGAACUCACAACGCUAAUAAUCUCAUUGGUGUGUUGUGGAAGCUACCUCCUUGUCGGUGGAAAGAUGGAUGCAGCGGUUCUGGUUCCAACAAUGGCUGUUCUUAACACCAUGCGCUUCCCAUUAUGGACUUUUCCGAGGUUAUGCUCUCAGGUCUCCCGAGGCUACACCUCCAUGAAGCGAAUUGAGCACUAUAUGCAGUCCGGCACUUCAUCAGCGCGCCAGGUGCAGCAAGAUGCAUUUGAAGAUUCUUUAGGAUCGGUGUCAAACUUUUCAAACACCGUGACAAAUAAAAUGGGACUGGGCAACGAAGAGGAAAAGGUCUCUGUGACGCUGCCACGUGGUGCUGUGCGCUGCAAUCAAUGGAGCUUUGCGUGGUCAGCGAAGAGAAGAUCGAAUGCAAUGAUGGCGGCAAGGGGGAGUUAUAACCUUAAGCUUCAGGCCCCUACAAGCAACCGAUCGGGUAACGACAAAGACCUUGAUCAGAGUCUUACCUGUAACUCGAAUAAAGUGUCAUCCUCUUUGCUUAAGGGAAGCCCUUUGUCGGUCUCGGCAGCGUCCGACUCUAUUGUCCUCCAUCAAGUCUCUAUUGAUAUUACUCCUGGGGACUUCGUGGUGGUUCAGGGCCCGACUGGGUGCGGUAAAAGUGCGUUUCUGCUGUCUAUUCUGAAUGAGUUGUGUCCAAUAGUGGAGCAACAGUGCAGUACGAGUAACAGCAAUGUAUGGAGCCCAUUCUCGUUAUUUUCUCCUGUGAAAGACUUUAUUAUAGCGAAAGAAGCCGAUGAAGGGUGUCAAACGCAAUCUUGUGGUAGUCAACUUCAGUGUGAAAACAGCUCUACAUGCCCUACAAUGAAGCAGGAAAAUUUUCAACAGUGGUGUCAUCAACGUCAGACGCAUGGAUUUGAAGUAGGCGGUCGUGUGGCGUAUUGCGCGGAAAUACCAUGGCUCAGAAACCAGACUUUACGGGAAAAUAUUCGUUUGCUUCCAGAUGAUGCACCUGAGACUGAGGAGGAACGACAAUGGUACCACCGUGUGCUGUACGCGUGUGCCCUAACGCGUGAUUUGAAGUCGAUGGAACUUGGUGAUCGCACGGUGGUGGGAGAUGGCGGUUCAAAACUGUCUGGUGGUCAAAGAGCACGCGUUGCUCUUGCACGUGCCGUAUUUCGGCUCCAUAUCGUAGAUAUCUUCUUACUCGAUGAUGUCCUUUCUGCAUUGGAUGUAGAAGUGCAGAAACACAUCAUAGGACACGUUUUCCACGGCCUCAUGAGCGAAGAAAGCUGCGAAGAAGUUGAGGUCGAGCUAAGCUCCCAGCUGUACAACAUGGACAGUGACAAUGUGAACAAGGAAAAAAGGGACAGUUGGGAAAAAGAAGAUAUUUGGACGAUGCCGGUAAUAAGGCCUUCAAAUACUACACGACGACACAAAAAGACUAUUAUUCUCGCCAGUCAUGUUCCUACUACUAUGCUUAUGCCUGAUCGUGUCGUCCAAAUUCAUUCCGACGGCACGGUUCACGAGCUAAAAGACUUCCAACCAUACACACAAAAACAGAUUUGCUCGCAGCUGAAAAAAUGGGAAAACUCAACCAAUGAAACUCUGCACAAAGACACGCAAAAUACGAAUCCGGAGGAAAAAAAUAAGUUGACGCAAGGUGAACAAACUCAGGAUACAGAAAAAACAGCGUUCUACAUUAAUUCUACGAAUUCUGUAUCUAGAAACAAAAUUCUAUCCAAUAAAUGCUUCACUUUGUUUGGCGACUUCGAGAGUCUUAAAACUCUCCUGGUAAAAUACACCGGUCCACGGCGCUUGGCUUUGGUACUGUUUCUCAGUUUAACAGGACAGUUAUUCCAUACCUUACUGGAUAAUUGGCUUGGCAUCUGGCUCUCUCUUCAUAGUGACGAUGUGGACAAUAGUUUCCGUGACAAAAUGGUGCGGUUUGCAGGCUUCCCAAUUAGAUUUUUCAAGGGUCGUCAUGUACCACAUAGCGAACUUUUACGUCCAGGCAGCGGCGGUGGCCUGGUGCGGCCCUGGUCUACGCGCCUUCACCAAUCCUCAUCGCUGCCCUAUAUUGAGGGGUUGGGGUUGUCAUUCUGUAAUAUGGUGGCUUCCCGCAUGUUCAUAAGCUUGAAAUGCAUCUGGUGGUGGUUAUACUACUACUUUGUAGAUUCACAGAAUGCGGUUUUUCUUCAGUUUAUCGCUUCAUUUGCAGUGAUUGGUAUCCUUACUGCCUUGUUCUCCUUCCUAUAUAUGCGUGUUUUCUUCAUGACCUACCAAUCCAUCAGUGAUACGCUGCAACUGCGCGCGGUACGGCGCAUCUUGCGUGCACCUGUAUCCUAUUUUGACCGCAUCUCCGUAAGUGGGCUACUGCAUGUGCUGAGCCAUGACCAAGAAGUUGUCGAUCACAACCUUGGGGAAUCGGUGCAACUAAUUUUCUUCACCAUUCUUCACUUUGUGUCGAUGUUUGCAUUUAACACAUUCCAACACAACGUCUUUAUCUCUGUCGUCCCUCUAUCGGUCCUCUUAUUUUACCACUUGACGCUUCGGUUUUUUCUUUUGACAAAGCAAGUCCGAUCGCUGGAAAAAAAGCUGCAUGGUAACUCUGUAAGCAUUUUAAGGGAGUCUUUAAAGGGUGCUGUUACCAUUCGCUCCUUGGGCCAGGCGUAUGUUACUAGCAUAGAGACUGAAAUGACUGAUGCACUGGAUGCAAUCCACACAGCCAAUAACGUCGCUUAUGCCGCUGAUCGCUGGGUUGGGAUCCGCCUUGAGUGGGUGUCAAUUUUUAUGACAAUGACGAUCGCUGUGCUUGCCGUGUGCAACUCAUGCUUCGAACGGUAUACAAGCCGCGAUAAAAUGGGUUUAGGUAAGGUCUCAGCAGCCUCCGCGUAUGCAGGUCUUGGAAUCACUUCUUGCAUGACUAGCAGCCGUUCAUUGAUGCUUUUGUGCCGACGGAUUGGCAUGUUCCAGAAUCAAUAUGUAAGUGCGGAGCAAUUACUACGUAUUGAAUGCGAUACUCAUGAGGAAGUUGGGUGCUGUGAUCUUGAGAUUGACGAGAUAAACACAUCCAGGGGUCCUGAUAGCAUGAAGGAACACACUGCACGUUCAGGGUCUCCAACCGAGUCAGGUGUGUCUUGCUCGGCCGCGUCAUUGGAAGCUGAAGAUUGUAGUAACGCAAAGCCUUUGAAAGUCUCCGUAAGUGAUCCAAAGAUUGGGUCCCAACCAACAAGCGUACCAUUGCUAGAGGUUCGCCAUCUUUCAGCGAAGUAUCAAACUGACUUGCCAUGGGUCCUAAACGAUGUGAGCUUCACUGUCCACCCUAACGAGUGUGUGGGGCUUAUUGGACGAACAGGCAAUGGAAAAUCGUCAAUCUUCAACGCCCUGUUGCAACUCAUGGACGUGGUGUGCGGUGAAGUGCUGAUCCAGGCGCCACUACAAGAAAAGGACAACCCAAAUGUAUGGAAAGCUGCUCAGGUGUCAAGAGAAGGGGAGGCUGCAGACAAAGAAUUUUUGUGUCAUGGCUCUGCUCAAGAAAGGCAGCAAUAUAGCUGUCAAAUUUGCAAUGCAUUCAACAUGCCUCCGAUUUAUCUUCGCAAAUCCUUCUUCCAUCUUGUUUCUCAAGAACCUCUGUUGAUCCAGGGCACCUGCGGCACCAAUCUGCUUCUUGGACUAGAGGAAGCCGUUGAGGGAGGGGACCAUCAAGGAACGCGAGCGGCAGCAAAGGGUGCUGAGGGUAUGGUCCAAAGAGACACCACGCUAACGCCGCAGCAACAUACGGCGUUGUGGAAUGAGCGUCUUCAAGACGUAAUCAGAAAACUGUCCCUCGACGAGAUUCGUGUCUCGUCUCCUACUGUUCCAUAUCUGGCAGUGUCCCCCACACAAAAACAUAAUGAAAUGGACCCCACAGUAUCCUUGAGAGAGACACCCACAAGAUCCUCCUCUUCGGUAUUGUCCAUUCUGGAACACCCCAUUACCACUGGUGGGACUAAUUUGUCAGCGGGCCAACGACAGCUGCUGUGUCUGGCACGGGCGUUGCUACAUCGCCCACGGAUAAUUUUGCUGGACGAAGUGAGCUCGCGUGUAGAUCCUCGAGCAGAUGCGUUGAUUCAAAAAGUCAUCAAAGAGGAGAUGUUGGAUCGCUACGACAACGAGCCCACUGAAGGUCAUUGUCAACAGACAUCAGUCUCAAGCAAGAAUGACCUCAAAUGUGAAUCAUGCGGUGUCCUCCUGAUUGCUCACCGGUUAGAAACAAUCAUGUCGUUAUGCGAUCGGGUUCUAGUAAUUGAAAAAGGUACGUGUGUGGCAAGUUUGUCCAUUGAAGAAGUGAAGUGUCUGAAAGACUUGGAAUCAUACCUGUAGCUCAACAAUGAUGUGCCACUCUACUCCACACAAGCUGAAAAUAGAAAGCUUACCAAUGUGAAAGCAAUGAUUAUAUAUGUAUAUACAUAAAUUAUCAAGUUCGCAUGGAUUUGAUUUUAAGGGCGCAUUGGUAAACCUAUCCUGCAUCUAUUAACAUUUUUUCACGAAAUUUUUUAACUAGUAAGUAUAAGCUAUUUGAUUUUUGCAUCGUGAAUUCACACUUUAUCGUAAAAAUAGUUGUAAUAAUACUUCAGUGUAGCAAGCCUCAUAUGUCUUUAAUUUUUUAUUCCUAUUGUUAUCAUGUAUGUAUAUUUUGUAUAUACAUACAUUAUAAAUUUGGUUACACAACUCUGUUUGCUCUGGUAAACUGCAAAAUGGAGUGAUCAG